AUGAGGUUCAACACGUUCAUUGCCCUCACCAUCCUUUUGAUUCCUGCCCGCGCCUACGGGGCGAUCUAUUCACUCUCCGAUGAGGUUUACGGCCCAGGCUUCUACCGCUUCUUUGAAUGGGAGGCGAUUGAGGACCCGACGCAUGGAAGAGUGACCUAUGUCGAUAAGCUAACUUCAAUUCAUCAAAACCUGACUUACGCUACCUCCGAUACGUUCAUCCUUCGAACGGAUUUCAAAACUGUGCUCGAUCCAAACGGUCCUGGGAGAAACUCGGUCAGGAUUCGAUCAAAGAAGACGUACACUUCUCACGUUGCGAUCUUUGACGUACGACACAUACCGCAAGGAUGCGGGACAUGGCCAGCUAUAUGGGAAACUCUUGAAGCGAACUGGCCAAAUGGUGGGGAAAUCGAUAUCAUGGAAGGUGUCAACGAUCAAGGAACUAAUCAAGCGACAUUACAUACAAGUCCUGACUGUGUGAUGUCAACUAAUCGUACGAUGGCGGGAACUCCUACCUACGACACAUGCGACGUGACGCUCAAUUUCAAUGCGGGAUGCGGCGUCAAGUUUCCAACGGCUUCCAGUUUUGGGCCAGCAUUGAAUACGAAUGGAGGUGGAUGGUAUGCUAUGGAACGAUCACAGACUUACUUCAAAGUUUGGUUCUGGUCGAGGAACAACUGUGAUGUACCAUCGGAUGUAGCUCACGCACGUUCAUUCGUCAAUCCCGACGCAUGGGGAACGCCUGCGGCGUACUUCCCCAACACCUUUUGCAACUUCUCGACCCAUUUUGCUUCGCAGAAUAUCAUUAUCAAUCUCACUCUGUGUGGGGACUGGGCUGGUUCUACGUAUAGUCAGGGCACUGGAUGCCCCUCGACCUGUGUUGACUACGUCAAUUACAAUGCGUCCGCUUUUACCGACGCGUACUUUGACUUCGCCUCGAUUCGUGUGUACCAGGACUUUCGGAAAAACAAAUAUCGCCGGGAAAGGCAACCUUUUAAAUAGAUUCAGCUCCUUCGUCGU